CACUUUGAGUACUACUGCUUGGUUCGAUCAUAUUGUCAUGAAACCCAACUGUAUUCCAGAUGUUUGCCAGUAUACAGCGAAAAAUGGUUUGGAGACCGUGAAAAUCCGUUUUCACCAACAUUUCGUCAAGUCAUUUCCCUGUGUGUGCUGAUAUACGCGUUGGCAAUGAUUAUCCUGCCGAUUGUGCUGCUCACCGUUCUCAAUAUGAUGCUGUUAUGUGCGCUACGAAGGCGACAAAAGAAUCUUUCCGUCUCAGGCGACAUCACCGAAAGACGAAAUACCGAGACGCAGCUGCACAAGACAGAACAUCGUGUAACGUUGACAGUGACGUUUAUCGUCACGAUGUUCACGUUAACUAAUGGUCCAUCAGCUCUUAUGCAUCUUAUCCGAACCGCCUACAAUUUGAGACAACAGGAGCUCUACGAUCUGACUAUGAUUUGCAGCACGCUGGUAAUAUGCGGCAAGGCAUCGAAUUUCAUUCUGUUCUGCUUAGGAUCGCGUCAUUUCCGAUUGAGGUUGAUAAGCCUCACUCAGCGAAAGGUGCAUAGGAGAAUCGCAUGGGCGAAACAAGUUACCAUGUCUUUCGACAGUAUGAAAUAA